CAAAAGGCUCACACUCCGCCGCGACUCACUACGGAUCCAUGUGACCGAUUUCCUGCCUCCAGUUGGGAGACGCUAUUUGAUAUAUAGCAUUGUGGGAGAACCCGCCGCUUAGUCAUAGAUCUAUGCUCUUUCGGCCGGCAGACGCUUCGACCUGGCGCGUCCGACGCAUUGCUUGAAACAGCUGCACAGGUGGGUAGAUAGCGCCAUAGAACAACAGUCCUCUCCCACCGCGUCAGCUCGAGCAGUCAUGUCUCUUAGACUACGGACAAGCCGUUCGCUGUCACUGCCACUGUUCAUACAACUGUUCCUUUUACCUCUUUGAACAUUCGAUACUCGAUUGAACAACAAUCACCAUGCCUAUUGAAGUGAGUCGGAUGACGGAAGCGGACAUCGAUGGAGCCAUAGAUACCAUUCAACAAGCUUUUGCGGACGACCCAUACAACAACUGGGUCUUUCCCGACCGCUCCAAGGUCUCAUUAACCCGCAAUCGCGUCUCUCUGACUCUCCGCUGCCGCUGGGGUAUCCGACAUGGACUUUUCCACGUCGCCCGCGAUACCUCCAACCCCUCCAAGAUUCUCGGCUGCGCUAUGUGGCUCCCCCCGCACCCGCCCGCCGAGCCGCAGUCCUGGUCGCUCUAUCUUUCCUACUGGUGGCUCUGGUUCGGACAGGUCCGCAUGAACCUCUGGUACGGGCGAGGCGGGUUAUCGACAAAGCGGUACUGGAUAUGGAAAGCGCGGCAAGCGGAGGCGCAGAGUGAGCUCUGGACAAGCGCGAAGGGCUAUUACUUUUGCAACAUUGUGACUGUGCUGCCAGAGGCACAAGGCAAUGGGGUGGGAAGGGCGUUGAUGGAGGAGGUACUGCGGCAGGCUGAUAAGGAGGGGGUGUGGUGCUAUUUGGAGAGUAGUAGGAGGGAGCCGAACGUGACGAUCUAUGAGAAGUUUGGUUUCAAGUUGGCCAAGGAGAUGGAAUGUAAGGAUGGGGAUGGAGAUGAGAAUAUGGUCAAGCUGUAUUGCAUGCUCCGGGAACCGAGACAUCAGGCCGACAGCUAGUUUCUGGGGAUUGAAGAAUUGCAGUGCGGUUAUUGCGGAUUCAUUUCCCAGAAGGCGAGUUCACAUUGAGUGAACAUCUCGAGGGGAAACGUUCAAUUCUGGGUACGCCGACAAUGCCUUCUUACCGGAAAAGGUCAGGGAUCAGAGCUCCAAUUCGUCAUUAUUCAGCUCGGAAUCUCCUGCAUCAUUUUGGUUUUAUGUAGUCCAUACCCAGUUCGAUCUGGCUACUAUGGUGGAUAUAGUUGCACACGAGCCAGCACAAGUACAAGACUCAUUGAGUAAGAGACAGACCGACAUUGGUACGGACGGAUAGCAUUACUCCUACUUUCACC